AGGGCGUCGUAGUUCGUACAUCGGAACGUAAAUGUCAAGUGAAAAGUAAAUUGGUUUGUAAACCAAAUAUAAUAUUAUUAUCGCAAGGUGAAAGUUUUCAACCCUAAAAGAUAUUAACAUAAUAUAUUGGCAAUGGACUUCAUGAACGAUAAACUUAGCAUUAAAAACUUGCUAUUCACAAAAGCUUUGCCAAACCAUGUGAUACCAGUACCUACCACUGGAUUUAAAAUUUAUUCAUGCACUGAUUGUGGAGACAAAUUUAUAUUUGAAUCCAGUUAUGAACAUCAUGUCAACCGUAAAUCAGUGAAAAUAAGUUACAUGUGUCGACAUUGUGGCUUAAUGAAAAUAUUCUUCAACAGAUGCAAUUUACUAAGCCAUAUAAGAUCUCAUUCCUUCAAAACGGCUACAAUUAAUGUAGUAGAUUUAAAAAUUGAUCCAUUACCAAUAAGUCAUUUUAAAAUGAAUUUAUUAUUGCCUCAAAAAAAUGAUUCACCUUCAAAGAAAACAAAAUUACUUGGGAAUGUGCAGACAGAUUCACCAUCAACAUUGUCAACUUGUUAUGAAUGCAAAGAAAAUAUCACUAAUGUUGGACCAAUAUAUAAAGAUAGAGCUAACCAUUAUAUGAGAUUCACAAAUGAAGUGUAUACAUGCCCAGUAUGUUUAUUUGCAUUACCAACUGUUUGUGGGCUUCAAUCUCAUAUACGUAUUCAUAUGAAAAUUCCACCAUACUUUUGUCCAGAAUGUGGGUGCCAUUUACCUAAUAGAAAUGUUAGCUACCCUUAUAACCAUGAUUGUGAGGGGUUUAAGAUGAUGAGAGCUACUGCUAGACUGCAGUGCCCUGUGACAAAAUCUCAUAACUUUCAUCCAAACGAUUACAAAGAACACAUGAAAAGUAAUCACUUAAAAAAAGUAUAUAAAUGUCCAUUUUGUGUGGUAGCCUGUUUCAAUGAAGCAACAAUGACUAAACAUCUUAAAAUUCAUAAGACUAAUUUGAAAGCGAUAAUAUUAUAUCAAUGUGAAAUGUGUCCUGGAAGGUUAGUUCUUCAGAACCACAUGGAUCCUCACUUGAAGAAUCAUGUCAAUACUAAUGUGUUCCCAUGCUGGACAUGUGGGACAGUCUGUCAGGACCUAGUUGACCUAAUUACACAUAAUGCAAACCAACACAGUGACACAGGCGGUGCAUUACAUAAUCUGUUUUCUUCUCUUAUGGCUGAAAACAAUACACACUUAAAAAAACAGAGAAUUUAUCGUGUUGUGAAAAGGUGUGACCAGUGCCGAAGGAGCUUUAUUUAUAAAUGCAAACGUGAUGAAAUAGGUGUACUACCUAACUUGUGUCCAUACAAAUGUUCUUCCAGUUUACAAUCCAAUAUUGAAAGUGAAACUUUAGAAAACAAUAAUUCUCAUUUAAUUUGUCACCUGUGUAGGUGCCAAAUAUCUCAAGACUGGAACCUAAUCAAGGAACAUUAUGCUGCUCAUCACAAAAAAUAUAAAUGCUUAGAUGCGAAACUACUAAUACCCAAACUGGAUAUCAAAAAAUAUCUCCCAGAAAACAAAACAAAAAAUAACAAAACUGUUACUAACACUAUUAAAAAAAAUACUAGAUCUAGAAAGCGUCGCAUGAGCCAGAAAGAUAUACAAAUGAUUGAUGAUUCUGGGCCAGUAGUGUCGACUAUUGAAAAUAUUGAUUUACAAAUUUGUAAAAUAUGUAGCCAUAAAAGUGAGACUAAAGAGUCUUUAGAAAAUCAUUUGGUAAUACAUAGAGAUCCAUGCAUGGCUUAUCAAUGUUUGGAAUGCGGACAAAGCUUUGUUGUAAAACCUUCAUUUUCAACUCAUUUACUUUUAGAGCAUGGUAUAACAAAUGUUGAAGAUUAUAUUAAAAACAAGCAAUGCUACAAUGAAAAUGCAAUGUCAAAGUACAAACCAAAUGAAAAUAAUAAUGAACCGUUAAAAGAAAAUCAAUGUAACAUUUGCAGAGAGCAGUUUGAUAACUCUGAAGUUUUGGAAAAACAUUACAGAGUGCAUGGUAUGGCAUUUUUAAAAAAAAAUACACCAAAAAAAAAUAAUUUGUGAUAUGUAAAACUAAUUUCCUAGAGGCAAAGGCACUUGUAAAUAUAUAACAUCAUAAUUUUUAGUGUAAUUAUCAGAUUAAAGUUCAUGAUUGUAAGUGAAAUUAAUAAUUUCUUCUGACUGAAUAUGUAGGUAUGUAACACACAUCAACCUUGUAUAUACCUAGGAUAUUUUCUAGCAAAAGUUAAAUAACUUACCUAUCUAUAAGGCUAGUUUGUUACAAUCAUUUAAUGUCCCAAAGUAGGUACUAUAUAAUAAAGAUACGUACAAUUACAUUUACUUAUUUAAUUUUUUUAUGUAGUUAAGUUUAUUGAGUUCAAUUUUAAAAAAUGUAAAUGACUAUAGCCCGACCAGGAAAGCAAAAAACUGCGCCAUGUUGUGGUAAAUAUGGAACAAAAUUCUUGUACUGACAAUAUUAACUUUAAAUCGGUGCUAUAAAACGAAAAAGUAAAAGUGGCGCCCCCAAAACAGGUUUAUUAUAUUCCUGGUCAAGUCAUAAUUAAUCAAUAAUUUGAAGGUAUCCUUAAAAUAUCUCUUAAAAUGAAAAAAAUAUGGGAUAAAAGUUGCGGUUGUACAAAUGUUUUCUUUUUAUGCAAAAACGUAAAUACAGAUCUUGGGAUCCUCUACUCGUAGAUACCUACUAACGGCCGAUUCCAAUGCUGAACCGAUUAAAAUUUAGAAGAACCGAUCUUAAAUCAAUCAAAUGGAAAAGAGCGACUACUGAAUACCAAGUAUUUGUUACCUACUUUGCAAAAGAAUGAAAUCUUUGUUCUUAUAUAAUAUAUGCAAAUGUGUCUUGCAUCUAAUCUGAUAAUAAAUUAUCGACGUUCGAAUUAAAUCUUUAUAUUA